AUGAAACUUGAGGUUGAUAGUUUCAUGCGAUGUGUACUCAUUUACUAUUGUCGUUUGAUUGGUCAUCGUCUCUUCACAAUCGUUCUAACCGGUGCACUUAUAACCUACUGGUAUUUUGCUAUUCUUGGUGCGUUAACGAUCAAAACACGACUUGACACCGUCAAAAUACUACCUAAAAACUCACCAAUUCAAGCGCCGAACCGAAUUCUCAGUGAUAUAAUAUGGGCUGAAUAUCAUCCAGUUACCGUACUAGUGAAUAAGCCGCUCGAUAUUCGUAGCGUUGAGCAGAUGAAUCGCUUUUGGCAGAUGGUCGAUCAAUUCGAGAGUUUACCACAAUGUCGAGGUGAGUAUUAUGAUUUCAACUGA